UGGAUUAGACAAGAAAGGUAGUGACCAAAAGAAGAAGAAGCUUUAUGAGUUACCGUUUAUGUAUCCAUGGGCUGAGGCAAAGCAAUUAUUUGUAUACCCUGAUGUUAUUCCACUUGAGGAAUUGAAGGACUUGGACUUUCAACAAAAGGAGUUACAAGAGGAUGAUUUACGACAAUUCCUAAUCAAUGAGAAUCAGUUCAAUGAGACAAGGGUUAAUAACGCCAUCGAGCGCCUAAAAACUGCUAGAAAGCUAUGCUCUCAGACCAGAUUGGAUAGCUUCUUUAUGAAGACCCCAGCCGUUAAAGCUGAACAAGAUUGGGUGAAGUCUGAUAAGAAGAGACAUAGCACCACUAAUAUUCAAAAACCUAAAAAAAAACCCAGGUAA